AUGAAUUGUUCUGUAAUUUUCUGGAUAUCUUUCUUGUAUUUGGUGGGCGGACUAUUUGGUGAAGUGGCAGAUGAAGAAGUGGAUUGGUGUGAUAUUGAGAAGAAGUUCUGUCCUCAGGGAACUUCUCAUAUAGCCUGUAGUGGAAAUGCAUUUGGCUAUGGUGAGUGUGAGGAUUUGGAGGUGGUAGAGAUGUCGUCAAGGAUGAAAAAGAUGAUCCUGCUGAGGCACAACUACUACCGGAAUCUCGUGGCUGGAGGUCUUCUCGAUGGGAAGCCAUCAGCCUCGAAGAUGGCACAAAUACACUGGGACGAGAAGUUAGAAUAUCUGGCCAGGAAGCACGUUGAACAUUGCAAUUUUGCCCAUGAUGGAUGUCGAGCAACGGAUUCAUGGAGGAUUGUUGGUCAGAAUAUCGCGCUAUUUGAGUCCAAGAUGGACACUGGGGAGCCUGAGGAGCAUCUGGUUGCUGCUGUGGACUUGUGGUUUGCUGAGCAUUUUGAUGCAACGGUUAAUGCACCUUUUGAUCAAGAUGUCCCCACUGGACACUUCCUCACGAUGAUGCUGGAGGGAAAUCAUCGGAUGGGCUGCUCAAUGGCCAGGUAUAGAACACUCAGGGAUGAAGCUAUCAGGUACAAUUAUCUUAUUACCUGUGACUAUUCCGAUGCUCUUGUUAUUGGAGAAGAUACUUAUCAAGAAGGACCUCCCUGUUCCCUCUGUCACACUCUUGGAGCGCAUCCAAGCUACAUUUUCGAUAGCCUCUGCGAUGAUCAAGAUAAUACUAUUGAGGAAGACUCUGAGGAUUACUCAGCCACAGAGUGUUGGAAGGGCUCAAUGAAGAUGGUCGAGAGGUUUAAGCGCACCCGGAGCUUCGUUUCUAUUACCUUCUUUGAUGUUUCCUGGGAAAAGCGAUGCUACCUUUAG